UAAAAUUCCGCCGUUAAUCAAAAAAUCCAAACCAAGCACAAAAACCCAUUACACUAGCAACAAACAUCUAUGGCGACGGAACGCCCCGUCGUCACCACCGCCGGCGCCACCCCAACUUCAAUUCCACCAGAGAAACGGUACACUUCAAUCUUCGACGUCUCAUCAAACUUUUUCGACGCCUGUCGGUUGCUUUCUCCUUCCGCAACUUCAGUAUCCGAUACCGCUAAAAAACUUGACAAUCUUACCGUCGUUGAAGCCCUCAAAGAAGACGAAACCGCCGUUAAAGAAGAUACAGUUCUCAAAAACGACGCCGUAAUACCUAGAUGGACAUGUAACACCUGCAAGGCUGAAUUUGAGUCGCUUCAAGACCAGCGCUCUCACUUCAAGUCAGAUAUUCACCGAAUUAAUGUAAAAUUAAGUAUUGCCGGAAAAAAUAUUGUGAAUGAAGAAGAUGUAGAUGAUUUAACCUUCGAUUCGUUUAAAGAUUAUGAUAUAUCAAGUAUUUCAGGAUCAGAAGAUGAAGCUGAUAAAAUAAUUUUAGCUCGCGGUGAUGUAUUACAGAAGGGAUUGAUUGGAAGUGUUAAGCAGAAGCUGUUUAUUCGUCUCGACAAAGGCCAUAAGGUUUCGAUUUGGAGGUCUUUAAUUUUGAAUGAUUAUGAAAGUGCUUCGUAUAGUAAUGAGAAUGAUUUUUUUGAGGAAUGUUUGAAAGAGAGUGAAGUGAUUGAGAGAUUGAAAUUUUUGAUUCAUGAGCCUAGAGAUAAGACUCGUUUACGGAUUGUUUUGCUUGCUAGUGGUGGGCAUUUUGCUGGCUGUGUGUUUGAUGGUAACUCUGUUGUGGCUCACAAAACAUUUCACAGAUAUGUGGUAAGGGGAAAAGCUGGUAAAAAACAAUCUUCGAAAGAUGGAGCUGGCAGGGCGGCACAUUCUGCUGGAGCUUCACUCCGUAGGUAUAACGAACUAGCUCUAAAGAAGGAUAUCCAAGAAUUACUUGCUGCUUGGAAGCCUUACUUUGAUGCUUCCAGUUCUGUUUUCAUUCAUGCCCCUUCAAGCAAUCGUCAACUCCUCUUUGAUGGAGAUACUGCAUAUUUUAGCCAUCAUCAUUGUUUUAUCCGAAAUAUACCACUAAAUGUCCGGAGGCCUACUCUUAAAGAAGCUAGGCGAAUAUAUAUUCUAUUGACACAAGUUGCCUUUGAAGCCGAUGAGAAGGAAUUUUCAUCAACCACCAAAGAAGUCUCUAUCUUAAGUGAAAUCAACGUCACUGAUGCCAUUCAAGACUCCAAAAAAGAGGAAUUGAAGGAUUUUGUUAGUUGUAGGGGAAUUCUUGAUGAUUCAUCAAUUCAUACAAACUCUAAUGAACUGAAUAUACCGCUUGAAAGUGAAAGUAAAGUGAUUGGUGUAACGACGCCUUUGCAUGAAGCAGCGCAGUCUGGCGAUGCUCAUAAAGUUCUGGAACUUUUAGAACAGGGUUUGGAUCCUUCUGCUAAUGAUGAAAGGGGGCGGACCCCCUAUAUGCUGGCAAAUGAGAAGGAAGUUAGAAACACUUUUAGGCGUUUUAUGGCGUUAAAUCUUGAUAGAUGGGAUUGGCAUGCUGCUAAAGUUCCUAGUGCAUUGACAAAAGAAAUGGAGGAAGUUCAAGCUGCUAAGCAGGCAGAGAAAGACGCUAAGAAGAAAGCCAGAGCAAAAGAGUUGAAGAAAUUGCGUAAAGCUAAAGAAAAGGCUCAGGCUCAGGCUGCCCCAACCCAGAACUCCAUGGCCGCAACAGCAGGGAAUUCAGUUGUGCCAGCUUUAGCUGUCAAGAAAGAGUCUCAAUCUAGUGGAAGAUUGCUACUAUCUAAAGAGGAGGAGUUAAAGAGGGCACAAGCUGCUGAGCGAGAAAAGAGAGCAGCUGCCGCUGAGAGGAGAAUGGCUACAACUCUAAAUUCCCAAAGCAGUGGUAUUAGCAACGGACAAUCGGUUAGCGGCUCUGCAGCUGAUAUUAACUGUUGCUGUUGUAAUACAUCAUUAGCUGGUAAAAUUCCAUUUCAUAGGUAUAAUUACAAAUACUGCAGCACCACAUGUAUGCAUGUACACAAAGAGGCCCUUGAAGAUGGAUAAUAUAAAUGCUGGCAGGCAGCUUGUAAUCUGUGUUUAUUUUGGUCCUUUAUUUUUGUGAUUAAUAAUUUCUUCACUUGGUUCA